GUCUCUCGGGUAAAAGAUAACUGGGCCGAUGUUCGAACAAGAUCUCGGGUCUCUGGGACUGGCUGGAAGCCAUGGCUUCUAGAUGGAUAUUAUCAGGGGUUCCAUGAGCGCAAAGCUCGUCCGCGACGUUGUGCGGUGGACGCGCCAUCUCGGAGCUCUUUUGAGGCUGCUGCCGUCUUCGAUACCGAUCCUUUGGCAUUUCCGGCCCGAGAAUCCUCGGCUUUCACUCGGGGAGUCCGCGCUCUCAAGGCAAUGGUCAUUAGGCAGCCGGAUGAGUCGCAGCUACUUCCGACCUUUGCAGCGGAGGGUGAUGCCAUUGAGCAAUUACCUACGCGACUAAGUGCGCUCGCCAAUUCCUCGGUCACUCCGGCUACUCCUCUCGACGACGGACCUUUCGGUGUCUCGCCUACCAGCAAUUCCAUGAUACCAGCCACCAGCAGCGUGGCUGAGGUAUCCCGAUGGUUGCUAGGGUUGUCCCGUGCCUCAUGGCAGCAGGUCUGCCGCGCAGGGAGCGAGUAUCUGGAGAACAUGACUGCUUGGCAAGCCCGCCAGCCCAACUUCGACCUCUCACAACACGACAACCACACCACCUCUUCUCACCCAACAGUCCCACAUAACCACACACCCCGCGAACAACCUAUACCCCCGAAAGCAGUGGUCGUGAAUAAUAGCGACGACGCCAACAACGACGCCAGUCAAUCAGCAUCCACGCCAAGCGCCACGCCGCCCCCACCGGCUCUCUCCCCCAACAGCACCGCACCGACUGCCGGACAGUCCAAAGUCGCGGGAUUUCAGCAGGAGACCGAGCACAUGCGCCGGGGUAGCUGCAUGGCGAUAGUGAUCGGCCUAGUGGUGGGCGUGAUGUGGUUUUAAACACAUCUACCCAUCCAUCCUCACUCCAGUCAUAGAAUUGACUGGCUGACUGGCUUAUUAUGAUUCUUUGCAGAUUUUUGCUCACACUGUAUUUGGUUUCGUUGUACAUCACUUGCUGGGGGGAGUCUGAUGAGACACCCAUUUUGUUUUCUUUUCAUGCCUUUACGACUGUUGGAUGGAUCGGAUAUAGGAAUGGUAUGGGAUGGGCUGGACAUAGGAGCAGCCUCAACUGGCCCUGUCGAGUGCAGUAUGCCAAUCAAUAUAUAAUAAUCUUCACCGUGCGAUAGUGCAGUGGUAUUCAGAUUCGUAUAUACUAG